AAGCGUCCCUUCGUUUGCCCAGUCUGGGCCCAGGAGGCCGCGCGGGCCCUACCGACGACUCCCCUCCCCCUCGCCCUUUCUCCCCUUCUCCCGUUCCACUUGUCCGUACCACCUAAUGCUGCUGCUCCCUGCCUCCAUCGCCUUCGGGGCCCUUUUCCUCCUCCCCCUCUUCCCCGGAGGUCCCACGAUCAUCCCUCCGUCGAUGCGUUCGCUUCUCUCCGGCCCUUCUUCCUCUGGCCUGCGCAUCUGCGACGGGCCCUACGCCAGCCCGUACGCGAGUGAGUACGUCUCUUCAGGUUUUCUUGAAAUUCGUCUCCGUUGAAACAGAAGAGUACGGCUCUCGCUCGAUCCGUACGAGUGUGUCCACCACCACCUCCUCCUCCUUCUCCUCCUCCUCCGCCUCCUCUUUUUCCUCCUCUUUCUCUUCUUCCUCUACCUCCAUCGCCACCUCCUCCUCCUCCUCCUUCUCUUCCUUCUCGUGCUGCCCACUUCGUCUCAACACGAAUCCAUAUGUAUGGGGUUGAGGCGCACAGUCGACGUAAAUGUGCUGACUACAUUACGCCCGGCUAUAUAAGAUAGCCGGGCAACCAUCCUAUCCCCACAGACCGAGCCAGAUCGGCGGACCGUUCACAGACGGGCCACAAGGAGCUUGCGUCCCGAUCGGUCGUUUCGCCGAUACUCGUACUUGCGGUGGAGAUAUCACAUCCGAGGUUGUUCCGGGGGAGAAUCGACGCUCAUUGGAGAAACGAGCAGGAGACCGGCCGCGACUGGAAUCGAGGAGUCGUCCCGUUGACGAAUCAGCCCGAUCAUCCAGAUCCACGUGCUUCGAUUCAAGCAAGAAUCCAUCUACGAGAGAUCUAAACAGGCAGUUCUGCAAAUCGGGUAACCUCCAGUGUGCUUUGACAGCGAGUCACCGUCCAUCGGGAGCUAUCAAGAAUCGUUGAAAAACAUUCUGCCGGAUCGUUAUAGAAAGGGGAGAGAGUGACAGAGAGAGAGAAGAAGAAGAAGCGAAAGGUUCUCUGUGUAGAAGGUUCUCUGAAGAAAUUUGUGAUUGUGCCUGAAGGAUGAUUUCUAUCAGCGCCACGACGUACUUCCUGCUCGCCGUCACUCUGGUGGCCUUGAUCUUGAUUCUGAUCGACUACAUCAGGUCGAAGAAGGCGCCGAAGAAGUUGUAUGGCGAUGAGCCGUCUGCUCUGCCGGAUCCACCUGGCCCCAAGCCCUGGCCGGUUCUGGGCUCACUCCACAUUUUGGGACGUUACGACGUGCCCUACAAGGCCUUCGCCGACCUCGUCAAGAUCUACAAUAGCCCGGUGAUCAAGCUCCAGAUGGGGUCCGUGCCGUGUGCCGUUGUCAACGGGCUGGAGAACAUCAAGGAGGUCUUGGUCACUAAGGGUCACCACUUCGAUUCCAGGCCGAAUUUUGUCAGAUAUCAUCUCCUCUUCUGCGGCAACAAGGAAAAUUCUCUGGCGUUCUGCAACUGGUCGGAGGUCCAAAAAACCCGGAGGGAGAUGUUGCGAGCGCACACUUUCCCGCGCGCCUUCACCACGCGAUAUAACCAGCUGAACAGCAUUAUCGGCACCGAAUUGGAGUCGCUGAUCGAUCACUUGGCUGUCGUCUCCGGCGUGAAUCUGCAUGUCAAGCCGCUGAUCAUGCACACAUGUGCGAAUGUCUUCAUCAAGUACUUCUGCUCGCGAAGCUUCAGUCUCGGACACGGUCCAUUCCGCGCUAUGAUCGAGAACUUCGACAAGGUGUUCUACGAGGUGAACCAGGGUUACGCCGCGGACUUUAUCCCGUUCCUCAUGCCGUUGCACCAAAAGAACAUGACCAGGAUGGCGAAUUGGAGCCACGCGAUCAGAAAGUUCAUGGAGGAGAACAUCAUCGGGGAACGUCUGAAUGGCUGGGAAUCGGUCAUACCUGAAGAAGAUUACGUGGACUGCCUGAUCAAUCACAUCAAGACCAACGCGGAGCCUAGGAUGACCUGGGACACGGCAAUGUUCGCGCUGGAAGACAUUGUUGGUGGUCAUUCAGCAGUCGGCAAUCUUCUCGUCAAGAUCCUGGCGUACCUGGCCACCCGACCACACGUGCAGAGAACGGCGCAGGCGGAGAUUGACGGAGUCGAGACCUCGGGCAGGUUCGUCGGCCUGGAGAACCGGGGAAACAUGCCGUACACGGAAGCCAUCAUCCUCGAAGCGAUCCGGCUGAUUGCCAGUCCGAUCGUGCCACACGUGGCUAAUCAGGACAGCUCCAUAGCUGGGUACAAGAUCGAAAAGGACACGUUCAUCUUUCUGAACAACUAUGAUCUGAACAUGUCGACGGAACUGUGGACCUUUCCUGACGAGUUCAUGCCGCAGAGAUUUGUGCAGAACGGCAGACUUCUGAAACCAGAGCACUUCCUGCCAUUCGGCGGCGGUCGGCGUUCCUGUAUGGGCUACAAGAUGGUCCAGUACAUCAGCUUCUCGACGAUAGCCACUCUAUUGAAGAACUUCAAUAUACUGCCAGUGGAAAAGGAGACCUACAAGAUCCCUAUCGGUAAUCUGGCGCUUCCGGAGAACACUUUCAGCUUCCGCUUCGAGAGACGGUAG